CAAGGCGAGACGAGAGGAUAAUGGUCGGUCUGUCUGUCUGAGGCCUGAGGCAUGGCAGCCGCUCCUUGUUGUCCGGGCACACCCGCACGGGGGCCUUCUCCUUCUUCCUCCUGCAGGAUCCUCCAAGCAACAGUAGUAUCCAGCCGCACCACGCAUCGUCGGGUGGCUGCCCUGCCGGAGACGGCUGCAGCGUGCGUGGCCGCGGCGGGCCUGGUGGGAGUCGCCGCAACCUUCCUGGUAGGCAGGGCGAGGCCGGCAGCUGCACCACGACGAGAGGAGGAGGAGGAGGAGGAGUGCUCGGACUGCGGCGGGACGGGGCUGUGCCCGCGGUGCAAAGGGGAGGGGUUCGUCUUCAAGCAGCUGCCGGAGGAGGCGGCCAGCAGGGCCCGGAAGGCGGCCAAGAACAUGGCCACCAGAUACACUGCAGGGCUGCCGACCAAGUGGACCUACUGCAACCGGUGCUCCUCCACUCGCUCCUGCACAACCUGCGGCGGCUCCGGCGCAAUCAUCGCUACCACCAAAACUACCAACUAACAACAGUAGGAGUACAGUAAUAAUCAUUAAGCUAUCUAUGCCUGCAGUGCCUUUUUUCACUAGUGUGUGGUGUUACAGUUUACGCAGACAAGUUUCUGAAUUGAAUCACAAGAUGAUCAAUGUCAUAUGACAUACCUCUCAUUUCGUUCGUCUAUGCAUUUUUUUUAUUGUUUGAAGGGGCCGGGCAGUCUAUGCACAUAUGAGUCCGACACGCAUCAAAUAUCAAUUUUCU